AUGCCUUCAUCGGUUUCUGCUUUUUCACCAUGGCAUGUCACGCCACUGCCGGAUGCUGUUACAGAUUUUGUUGAAAAAUCGCCUCCGCUAACGACGCAAACGGUUUCUUCCAAAACAUGGAUGCCAUUGAUGGCAACGAUGCCCGUCGAGCCUAAGAUUUUACGGCGUGCUGCUCGUGUUGCAAUCGUUUCUCCGAGAUCAGUUAAGCCGCCUUCGCCAACGACGCAAACUCUUUCGGCUGUGCCAUCGAGGCCCGUGGCGCCUAAACUUUUGCGGCGUGCUGCAUUUGUUGCAGGCAUUUCUUUAGGACGAGUGGUUAAGCCGCCUUCGCUGACGAUGCAAACUAUUUCGGAUGUUCCAUCGAGGCCCGUGGCCCCUAAACUUUUGCGGCGUGCUGCACGUGUUGCGGGUAUUUCUUCAGGACCAGUGACCAAGCCGCCUUUGCCGAAAGUGGCUGAUGUGCUUUCGUGCCCCGUCGCUUCCAGUCAUUUGCGCCAUGUCGCGCCUACGUCUAUGUGGCGUGUUGUCAUUAGGCUUUUGCGCACAGUUGGUGCUACUAAUUUGAGAUCAGCAGUCGAGACGCCUUCGCAGACUGAUAGCGCCGUGGCUUUGGUGACUGCAGAUACCGUUGCGACUGUGCCGAUUGCUGCCGCUGCGGCUUCACCGACUGAUGCCGUUGUGCCUUCGUGUUCCGUUAACGAGUCGCCUUCGCCGAUUGUUGCCAUUACGCCUCCACGGCCGUUGCCGCCGCUGCUCCGCGGUAUGUUGCCGUUACUUCUCCGCGGCGGGUUAUCUAGUCGCCUUCGUGGACAAUUGCCACGUCGAAACCAUGGCUAGUACAUCUAGGUACACAGUUUAAAUUUAUAAUUCGUUCGUUCAAAUUGUUUAUUGUUUUAAGAUUAUUGUUGCUUUAUUUUUUUCCAUUGUUAUUACCUACUUAUUUGUUCAUGUUUGUUAAAACUAAAAUAUUAAAAUAUUAUAUAUU